AUGAAAGCUGGACUAUAAAGUGGAUAGAAAGUUGGCUAAAUCAUCGGGCUCAACGGGUAGUGAUCAAUGGCUCCACGUCUAGCUGACAGCUGGAAUCAAGCGGAGUGCUCUAAGGGAUGUUUCGCCUUCGAGUUCUUGCUGCUGUGGCAGGCUUAGAGGCUGUUUCCCGAUGUUACCAUGGAAUGGCACAUCCCACCAGAAACAGGCAAAGACUUAUGAUGGCAGCUUUCAUAGGAACAACUGCAGCAACAGCGAGUGCUGGACUCCUAUGGAAGAGAGCCCAUGCAGAAGCACCGUCAUCUGUAAAACACAAUGCAAGGACAGAAACUAAUGAAAAAGUGAAGGACCAAGAAGAGGAGGAGAAUGACGAUAAUAGAAAGACUGUUGAGUCAAGUGGUGGAGGGGCUCAGCCCGAAGAGAAGAAGAAGAAACAACGUUCUGGAUUUAGAGAUCGUAAGGUGAUGGAGUAUGAGAACAGGAUACGAGCCUACUCCACUCCAGACAAAAUCUUCAGAUACUUUGCCACCUUGAAAGUAAUACAUGAGCAUGGAGAAUCGGAGGUGUUUAUGACACCACAAGAUUUUGUGAGAUCCAUUACUCCAAAUGAAAAACAACCAGAACACCUAGGUCUGGAUCAGUUUGUAGUGAAGCGAUAUGAUGGAAAGGAUUUCUGGCAGACAGAGAAGUUAUCUCAAGAACGAGAGAAGUUUGCUAAUGAAGACAGUAUAUUUUAUACACUUGGAGAAUGUGGACUCAUCUCUUUCUCUGACUACAUCUUCCUCACUACAGUUCUCUCCACUCCCCAGAGGAAUUUUGAAAUUGCCUUCAAGAUGUUUGAUUUGAAUGGUGAUGGUGAAGUGGACAUGGAGGAGUUUGAACAGGUCCAGAGCAUUAUUCGCUCCCAAACCAGCAUGGGCAUGCGUCACAGAGAUCGUUCUACUACAGGAAAUACUCUAAAGACUGGCUUCAGCUCUGCCCUGACGACAUACUUUUUUGGAUCAGAUCUGAAAGGAAAGCUGACAAUCUCAAACUUCUUAGAGUUCCAGCGCAAACUUCAGCAUGAUGUUCUAAAGCUUGAGUUUGAAAGGCAUGAUCCUGUGAAUGGGCGGAUCACUGAGCGCCAGUUUGGUAGCAUGCUGCUGGCCUAUAGUGGAGUGCAGUCAAAGAAGCUCACUCUCAUGCUGAAGCAACUCAGGAAACAUUUUCAAGAAGGAGAGGGGCUGACGUUUGAAGAAGUGGAAAGCUUUUUUACUUUUCUGAAGAAUAUAAAUGAUGUGGACACAGCUUUGAGCUUUUACCACAUGGCUGGAGCUUCUCUUGAUAAAGUUACCAUGCAGCAGGUAGCCAGGACAGUGGCAAAAGUGGAGCUCUCAGACCAUGUGUGUGAUGUGGUGUUUGCUCUUUUUGAUUGUGACGGGAAUGGAGAGUUGAGUAACAAGGAGUUUGUUGCCAUUAUGAAGCAGCGACUUAUGAGAGGUUUGGAGAAGCCCAAAGACAUGGGAUUUACACGACUCAUGAGGGCAAUGUGGAAAUGUGCGCAGGAGACAGCUUGGGACUUUGCUAUGCCCAAACAAUAACUGCAGCAAAUGGAAGAACCUGGUUUACAACAUGUUAUUGGGGCCAUAAAUCUAUCUGUACUGCUCUUGCAAAACAUGCCAUUGCCAGUGCUCUGCAGAUGAACACUCUUCACACAGAAAUCUACUGAAUGAUAACAGACCCAUUGCUACAUUGAACUAGAAAAAACCCACCCAAAAGACACAGACUAUUAACAACUGGAGUUUUUCCAAACACCAGAACAGAAAUUAGAGCCUAUUGUAUAUUCUACUUUAAUUUUUCCACUGCUGAUGCCUCUUUAAUAUUAAUCUCUCAGGAAAAUUACAAGAAUAAUUAGUUCGGUGUAUUGAAGCCACCAGUUUCAUUUCCAUGGUAUGCUCCAGUGUCCAACAAAACCAGGAUUUUAUGCAGAAUUGAAUACGGAUAGCUUCAGAGAACAAUCUUGGUCGGAACAGUCCUAUAUGUGUCAAACAGUGGGACAGAAAUGCCUAGCAAAUCUACUAGUAGCAAAUCCUAGUCUUUUGCUCCUGAAUUAUUUUUAGUUUAGAUUUUAAGCAUUAUUUACCAAAAAAAAAAAGUGUUUAGAAUGAGCUUUUGAAAGAGAGCUGGGUUUAUAGAAAACAAUAUCAAACUUUGUUUAUUACGAAAGCUGUCCAUAAGAUUAAGGGCACAGGGGUGUCUUGCAAGCUUGGUGUGAAAUAGGGAUAUGCCUGGUCAAGCAGGGGGCUGUCUGAGGCUUAGUUACUGCCUUGGAUAUAAGGAGUUUAAAAUGGCUUAAUUUUUUUCCCACCUUUCUCCUCCCUCAGAAGAACCCUGCCUUGCAUAAGAAACCUAACAUAUAUGCUCUUAGUAAUUCUCUUUUUAAUAAGGGGCUCCUCUCUCUGAGACUGUCCUUCUAUAUGGGGUAUUGGCUUUAAGGCUGCUAUUUACUGAAGCUUGAACAUUGUAAAAUAUUACUUUAAUUACACUGGUUCACAACAAAAGCAAAUGCUCAUCUUUCAUCUGUGUUUAUGGGAAGCCUCGUGACUUUAAGUCACAUUUGACUUUGUUGGCAGCAAGUCAACAAAAAUCUGAAUCUCUCUCUGCUGAAAAUGAACUUCUACUAAAUGUAAAAGGAGAAAACACAAAGCAUCAGUUUUAGAGAAGGCUGGAGGGUGGAAUUCUGUGCAUCGUCCGUUCUCACUCACUGGUAAAUUUGCUGCUUGUUUUGUAAGGAUCUGUCGACUGAGGCUUUAUGUGGCCAGUGUUUGGCAAAAAAUCUGAUAACACAGUGUACCCUAAAGUACAUUGAUUAGAAAGCUACCUUCCCCCUUUCACCUCCACACUUCAACUCUAAGUCUGACAUGGUUAAAUAUUUAGCCUUCUCUAGCUAAUCUAAUAACUUGUCUGUGUGUGGCAUUAAGUAUGCAUCCAGAUCGGAAAUAGCAUUAUUUAACCCCAUGAAAAUCAAGACAGAAAUGGAUUGUCCCGUCAGGUUUGGGCACCAGUACAACCGGGCUAUACCAAUCACUUUGAGACACCUUUGUGAUACCUACUUUGAGCAUCUCUCAAACUUCCCAUGCAAUUGCUUCCUGCAUUUUUUUCUGGGUUGGUACAAGUAUGAUGAGAAAUAGUUUUUCCUGAAGCUGAUGAAAACCCAUCUUAACAACAUAUUAGUUCCUGGGCUUGUUAUUCUGUUAAGCUCUCAGAAGAAACCAUUUCAUCCAGUGCCAAAGGCCCUAGAAACUUAGGACCUAGAUGUAGCAUCUUGUCUGGAUUGACAAGGAAACUUUCCCACUCCCACCAGGUUUCAACAGGUUCACAUGAAAGAUGUUUUUUCCUUUUCUUUUGUUGAAUUAGUCUUGGGUGCAAAUAAUUUAGCAAUUUAGCAUGUACAAAUCCAAGUGUUGUCAAAUAAAAAGAUAUAACUCCUCUCUACAUUCACAUCAAGUAUGUGGGAAAAAAAAAAGAUUGUCUGUAAACUAUCAAACUCCAACCACAUUGCAUAACUGAGUGUUACAGUGCUCCUAAUUCACUUAACAGAUCCUAACUCUAGAGCAUUAAUGUAAUCUAUUUUCAAGAGAGAGAGCUCCACAGAGCUCAGGUGACCUGAAGAAGAGCUCUGUGGAACCUGAAAGCUUGUCUCUUUCACCAACAGAAGUUGAUACAAUAAAAGAUUUUACUUCACCCAUCUUGUCUCUCAUAUCCUGGGACUAAUAUGGCAACAACACACAGAUAUCUAUUUUCAUGUCCAUUGUCUCAGCCCUACGCUGCCUUCUAGUGUGAAAGCAGUAGUAGUUUUCAAAUUCUUUUAAAUUUAUUUUUACUAAUUUUUUUUGCAGUUAUUGAGUCACCACCUUCUCGUGGAUAUUCUGUUGUCCUUGUGAAAGGUGUUGGUGUCAAAAGGAAUCCACAUCAUAACUGACUUCGUAGUUGCUAGUUUCCACCAAGAAACAAAGGACUGAACGGGCAUGAAGACAACCACUUGCUUACUCCUGGUCUUUCUAGCAGAGAGGGGAUGGGAACUUAUGCUGCUGCUGCUGCCUCUGGUCUACCCACUCUGUGUAUAAACUUAUCAACCAGCGAUCUUUGACAGCUGUGCAACCUUCUCUGAGUACUUCAGCACUCUCUUUGUUUUUUCUUUUUAAACAAAACUAAAUGCAUGUUAAAGCCCACUACAGAACUGAAUUCACCAAAAAGCCUCUGCUGUGAAUAUGAAGAACAAUGCAUGGCAAGUAUGAAUUGCAAAGAUCCAAUUCUACUGAGAGCUAGCUAGCCUGAUCAGUUGCAGUAGCUAUACUGUCCUACAUUUUGGAUUUUUUACUCCAACAAACACAUUCCUGGGUGCGUAGAACAAUCAGAAGCAGAAGAAUUUAAAGCAAAAGAAAGAACCGCAUGCAGGAUCCUUCAGAACAGCUAAACAACCAUCCAGUACUAGUGUGGCUCCUCUUGGAGACAAAAGAGCAGAGCCAUCUGCAGUUGAUCAAGCUGCACAGUGGUAUCAAAGGCAGCUGAAAGAUCUACACACAAAUAUGAGCACUCUUUUUAUCCAUUGUCUGAAGGUUGUUGACUGAGACCAGUGCAGUCUCUGCCAUCCCUAGCUCUAAAGCUGGACUGAUGAAGUUGAGAAAACCUGAGGACUUCAGGUACUGAGUUGCUUUGAUGCCACCUUCUUUAUAAUUGUCUCAAAAGGGAGAUUGGUGACUGAGUGAUAGUAAGCAGGAAUCCCACUGUCAAGAUAGGCUUCAUCAAGAAACAAACAGUUAUUUAACAGAUGCUGUGACCCUACCAUCCUGAAGAGAGAAAAUGACACUUUCUGCUAAUAAUAGGUCCUGUGUCUGAGCCAUAGGUCUUAAUAGCCAAGAGGGACAGGAGAUAAUAGGAUGGACCUUAUUGAGGCUGGAAACCAAGUGCAGGGCCCCAAAAUUGGGCCACCUUUCUAUGUCAUACCAUCCUCUUGUCCGCUCUUCAACACCCCAGGGCUAGUUUGUGUAGAAUAAGGAGCUCUGCAGAAGAAGGCAUAGUGAGACAGCUGAUGUAAGGAGACUAGAACUAAAAUCCACAGAGGUGAGCAUUCUCUAAAAAUUGCAGCAGAAUCUCCGGUUAUGCUUUCUGCUCGGUGUGAGCAUGGGGAUGGGAGGAAAGAAUGUGCAGCCACUGCUUCUCAUUCAAUGUGGAACUGUUUGUGUGUCCUCCAAAUGGUUAACAUGUAUGGGAUCCAUUCAUUCCUAAAGGCUAGAGCACCUAUAUUUCUCCUAGAAUUCCAUACGGCAGUUUGUUUCAUAUGUGCUGAAUUGGACGUAAACCCACUAAAUGAGCAGGAGAAACUGUUAGGACUUUUUUGUUGGUAGAUGUGUUCUUUCGCAAUCCCUGCCUGGAUGAAGAAAGCAAACUGGGUAUCUAAAAGAAACAGUGACUUGCUAGACCAGUGAAGAAUAAUUGUCUGAAGUUCUGGAGCUCAGCUGCCUCUAACCUUUGAUUUAUGUAUUCCCAAUUAAAUGGUUAAAAUAAGGCAUAAAACCAAACUGACUUUUUUAAGGGUCAAGUCUCCAAUGCAGUUACAGAUCAUUUAAUUUAGUGGAGGACAGUGAGCAACAUGAGUGAUACAACCGAAGAUUUUAUUUAAUAUAAAACAAUUAGGCAAACAGGCAUUACAAUAUAACCAUGCAGUGCAGGAUACUCACAUUCUAAGAUGAAAUGUGGGAGAAAAGUGGAGUAAUAACAAAAGUAGGGAUCAGUGGCAACCCCAGGGUGAAGAAUAGGGUGAAAACUCAUCUACCUUGGGUGCUUGGUGUUGACCCAGAAGGGAGACCUGGUAGUUGCAGUGCUUGAGACCUCACUAGCAAAUGGUUUAAAAAAAGCCGUUGCCACAACUGGCUUCUACAGUGCCAGGUGCAGAUUGCAUAAGCCAAAAGUAUAAGAAGAAAAGAAAACAAAUCUCCACUGCAGCUAAAAGCUUUCUUCAGUCAGGAUAUUAAAAGGUAAACCUAGUCCUAUAGCUAAGAGAACAAUUCUGCCAUCUGCUGUGCAAAGGGAGUUAAAGCAGCCCACACUGAUUUCAAACUCAAAGGUGCAGUGAAUCUGGGAGAUCUUUUUAGUCUUUGCAGUUCAAGUUCCUUUGAAUGUGAGUCAUGGAGCCUUUGCCUUUCACCCCAUAUUGCCUUGUCUAUGUGUCAUAAAUCAGUGCCAGAGUUACAGAUAAGAGUGAAAAACUGUAAAUGAUUUAACAUCUCUCGGCCAGAACAUUUGUGUCCUAAAAACUUAUACAUUUAAAAUGUGGCCUAGAACUUAGGAAAUGGGGUUUCAAACACUUUUGAAAAGGGCUGAAUUCUGUAACCCUUUGGUCAAGAGAGGUUCAGUCCAGAGGCAAAUAUAUAACCAGCACAGGGCAGUGCUGAAAGGCCUAAGCAAAAAUAUUUUGAAUGCUGCCCCAACUCUCUAUCACCUCCUAAAAAUACUAAUUUUAUUAUUUUCACAAUCCAACAAAACCCCCAAUACUGCACAUCAUAAUACACUAAGUUAAACAGUUCACGUUAAGAUGAGUAAUAUUUUGGGGUAAUACUAAAUCAAGGCCCCCUUAAACUGCCUGGGCCUUAAACAGUUGCUUAGUAUACUUAUAAGUUCCAAGUAUAGAAGCAGGAAUUAUGAACAAGAUGAAAAAAGAGGUUAUUUUACUGCACAAACAUUAUGGGAAUUACAUGGGGGAAAACUUUUCUCCAAUGAGUAUGUUCAUUGGAGUGACUACAAACAAAGAAAACCCCAAAACAUAAGUAAAUCUUGGAUGUAACAAUUCAAAUACUAUAUAAAUCAUAGUGUGCAGUGCGAUAAAGAGCAUUUUCUACUCUAGAAAACAUCAGUGUAAAAGAACAGGAAAGCUUGGUUAUAUUACAAAUAAGUUAAAUGAAGCAAAUGCAAUCAAUUUGCUCACAUCUAAAAAUAUAUAUUCAGAGACAUGAGUAAUAUUAAAUGUUUUUAAUAUUGUGUUUUCAAAACAAAAUUGCUUCAGAACAUUUACGUAAUAGAAAUGUAAUGAGGGCUGAUUAAUACUUGUUGUUCACUAUAAUUCAGCCAGAAAGAGCUUGUUCUUGUAACCAAAACUAACUAGACGUGGAGUUGGGGUAAAUACGUAGUUUUUUGUCUUUUCAGUCAGAUUGCACCAUGCCAAAUCCUGGACGUGGCUUAAUGUUUGAUGCUUUGUCCGAUAGUGUGGGGCUACGUCUUUUAUUAUAUAAGGAUAUAAAGAUUUCCAAGUAACACAAGACAGUCAUUUCUUGCAGAUAUGCUUGUAGUUGCCAUUGAAGUUGCAUGCAACCAAUGAAUACAUAUAGUCCUAAUUAAACCACUUUAAUUAUUUAAUUGAUCACAUAUAACAUGUCCAAACAAAAGAAACAUGUACAGUUCUGUGGUGCAUUGCGGGAUACUGUACAUGACUUGACAAUAUAUUUUUGGUAAUAUUAAUGAAGUAAAUUAAAUAGAAUAAAGGGUGACCAGUGUUGAUUUGCCUUUGUGCCCACUCUUUUCCAUAAGGAAGAUAAUCUAUCAAUUGGUACAGAAGUGUGAUUAUGUAGAUAUUUAAGAAGAGAUCCAUGCUCUUUAGUUUAAACACAGAGAAUAAAAUAAGUAAGACAC